AUGAUGACUCUGCCGCAGACGGCCCGCCAGUGCUUGCGGAAGUACGCCAACUUCUCCGGCCGAGCCACCCGGGCCGAAUUUUGGUGGUGGUACCUGGCCAUGAGUCUUGUGCUCAUGGGGUUGGCUAUCAUUGACGGUAUAAUCAACAUGGCCUUCCUGGCCCUGAGUAUUGGAAUAAUCAUCCCCCUUUCACUUCUUGUCGGCGUUGCUAUCGUUCUUCCCUUUCUCACCGUAACCUCUCGUCGGUUGCAUGACAUCGGCAGAAGUGGCUGGUGGCAGGUUGCCUGGUAUGCCAUAGAUAUUGUAGCUUCCCUGGUUUUCCUGGUUGCCUGGGUUUUCGUGUUUAUUCUCCUGUUGGGUGGAGCGACAAAUGGAAGCAAUGAGGGGUUUCUGCUAGAGGGUAGAAUAGGGGCAAGGAAGAAAUUCCACCCGGAGACUGGAGUGCAAGACAAGUUGCUUCCACUGUCAAAGCCAAUGAUGACAAUUCAGGAAUCGGUCCAGGUGUGUCUGCGGAAGUAUGCCGACUUCAGUGGGCGAGCCACCCGGGCCGAGUUCUGGUGGUGGUUGUUGGCUACUACUUUAGUGAGCUUCGCGAUUAGCGCCAUAGAUACGGCGAUCUCCACUUUGCUGCGUACCCUUUCCGAGUUUGCAUUCAGUCCCUUUUCGACCAUAUUCGGCCUCGCGAUCCUUCUGCCCAACCUGGCUGUUACCGCUCGGCGGCUGCACGACAUCGGGAAGAGCGGCUGGUGGCAACUGGUUUGGUUUGUGAUAGCGGGAGCCGGCUGGAUACUGUUUGUCAUCGGUAUUAUUAUCACGAUAGUCAGGUUGGUUUCCGGAGACUCUUUUUCCGGAGUAGAAAAUGGAGAUUUCUUCGCUAACACAGAUUUUGCAGAUUUUGUGCCGGCGUUAGUAACAUUCCUGAUUGCGAUGCUGGUGAGCUUGGCCGUGUUCGUGUGGUACCUGAUCUGGCUGGUCCGUCAGGGAGACUAUGGAGCCAACCGAUAUGGCCCGGACCCGCGAGCCAUUGAAUAG